AUGGAUGAUACAACGCAAAUAAAUGAACAGCCUAUCGAUGCUGUUUUCGGUGAUAGAGUCAGGAGGUUUCAAGAAUUCUUGGAUAAGAUUGAUGUGGAAGGUACACAAUAUAGAACCGAAAUCAAAGACAUGUUGAUGAAGGGCAGAUAUAGAUUAUGUGUGUCAUUGGAUGAAAUACGUGAAUUUGAUAAAGAAUUCUGGAGAGGAUUGUUAAAUACUCCAGCAGACUAUUUACCAGCGUGUGAAAGAGCAUUGAGAGAUACAGUAUUGACUAUAUACGAUCCUACAGAUUCGAGGUACGAGGUGAUGGACGAAAACCAACAAUUUUACUUAUCGUUCAAGGGGUCAUUUGGUGAUCACCAAGUGUCGCCCAGAUCUAUUAAUUCGCAUCAUCUCUCGCAGAUGGUUUCAAUUGAGGGUAUUGUGACGAGGGCUUCGUUGGUGCGUCCUAAGAUUAUAAGAUCGGUGCAUUAUGCCGAAAAGACCAGCAGAUUCUAUGCUAGAGAAUACAGAGACCAAACCACGUCGUUCGAUCCAAUUUCCACUGCCGCAAUAUAUCCAACAGAAGAUCUUGAUGGUAAUAAAUUGACGACAGAAUAUGGGUACUCUACUUAUAGGGAUCACCAGAAAAUAUCGGUCCAAGAAAUGCCAGAAACUGCUCCAGCAGGUCAAUUGCCUAGAUCUGUUGAUGUUAUAUUAGAUGACGAUUUGGUUGAUUUGACCAAGCCGGGUGACCGUAUUCAAAUUGUGGGUGUAUAUCGUGCGUUGGGAGGUGCUGGUAAUGCCAGUGCAUCGUUCAGAACUGUCAUAUUGGCUAAUUCAGUCUACCCAUUACACGCAAGAUCGACGGGUGUUGCUUCUCAGGAGAAAUUGACCGAUCAAGACAUUAGAAAUAUUAAUAGGUUGUCUAAAGACAAGAAGAUCUUUGAAAUCUUAUCUAAUUCCUUGGCACCUUCUAUUUAUGGAUUUGAAUACAUUAAGAAAGCUGUUUUAUUAAUGCUUCUUGGUGGGGUAGAGAAGAAUUUAGAUAAUGGUACCCAUUUAAGAGGUGACAUUAAUAUUUUAAUGGUAGGUGAUCCUUCUACUGCGAAAUCUCAAAUUUUAAGAUUCGUUUUGAAUACCGCUUCAUUAGCCAUUGCCACUACAGGUAGGGGUUCGUCUGGUGUUGGUUUGACAGCGGCUGUUACUACCGACAAAGAAACAGGAGAAAGAAGAUUAGAAGCCGGUGCGAUGGUUUUAGCUGAUAGGGGUAUUGUUUGUAUUGAUGAAUUCGAUAAGAUGUCUGACGUCGAUCGUGUUGCUAUCCACGAAGUUAUGGAACAGCAAACAGUCACAAUUGCGAAAGCAGGUAUACAUACUUCAUUGAACGCUCGUUGUUCGGUUAUUGCAGCUGCAAACCCAGUAUUUGGUCAAUAUGACGUGCACAAAGACCCUCAUAAAAAUAUUGCUUUGCCAGACUCAUUAUUAUCUCGUUUUGAUUUAUUAUUCGUUGUUACCGAUGAUGUUCAAGCUACAAAGGACAGAAUUAUUUCAGAACAUGUUUUGAGAAUGCACAGAUUCAUUCCUCCAGGAUUGUUAGAGGGAGAACCAAUUAGAGAAAGAAGUAACUUAUCUUUAGCUGUUGGUGAUGACUCAACCAACGAACAAGAAGAAUUAGAGCAACCAAUAUUUGAAAAAUUCAAUUCGUUAUUACAUUCAGGUGUUCGUUCUACCAAAUCCAACAAAACCCCAACGAUUUUGUCCAUUCCAUUCAUGAAGAAAUACGUCCAGUACGCCAAGCAAAGAAUAAAGCCUGUUUUGAGUAGUAAGGCAUCGGAAUACAUUGUGAAUACUUACUCUGCAUUGAGAAACGAUUUAAUUGAUAAUAAUCAAAGACAUACAGCUCCAAUUACUGCCAGAACUUUGGAAACCUUGAUUCGUUUGGCAUCUGCCCACGCUAAGGUCAGAUUAUCCAAGACUGUUGAAGUAAAGGAUGCUAAGAUUGCAGAGGAAUUAUUGAGGUUUGCAUUGUUCAAAGAGGUCACAAAGAAAUCUAAAUCCAAGAAACAAAAGACUCACCAUGCAUCCGACUCCGAAGAAGAAGAAGAAGAAGAAGAGGCGGCAGAGGAAGAAGAAUCCGACAACGAAGACUUGCCACCAAGAAAUACAAGAACAAGGUCUAGAUUUAGGGGACAAGAACAAGCUGCACAAGAUUCACCACCAGCUGACCCAGCAUCAUCUCCAAAUGAAGCAGAAAUGGAAGAACAUCUUGAUAACUUACACAUCACACAACCAGAACAAGAUGCUCAAGAUGUGAAGCCAUUGGCCGAGACUAAUGAAUCAAAUAGAUCGGCAUCUGGAAUAAGCGGUGAAAGGUACUCUACAUUUGUAAGAUUAAUGGCUAGAGCAAUGCAAUCUUCAAUUUUCGAAAAUGAAUCGGGUGCUGCACCAAUAGAGCAAGUUAUUGACAGUAUCAACCAAGAUUUGGAGCAAGAGGAUGUUUUCGCCGAAGAUGAAAUUACUGCUGCCUUUGACAGAAUGGAAGCCGAGAACAAAAUUAUGGUUGGGGAAGGUAAAGUUUGGAAAAUUUAG